GCAACAAUCCACCGGCCCAAAAAUCAAGCACGGAGGAAAUAUUGGCCCAAUUCAUGACUGCUACCCAAGCCUCGCUGCGGAACUUGGAGAAUCAAUUCGCUCAAUUUGCUUUGAAUCAAGAGAACCGUUCGCAAGGAGCAUUGCCAUCAAACACGGAGGACCCAAGAAAAAGGCAAAACGAGCAAGUACAAGCGGUGAGUCUACGUAACGGGCGACAAUUGGAAGAAGCCCCUAGAAAGGAGACAAAUAAUGGAAAAACAAAGGCGACCGAGGUGGCGGAAGAGGACACAAACGUUCAAGGCGAAACUUCAAGGGCGAAAGUUACACCGGCUCCUCCCAUCCCAUACCCCCAAAGGUUCCAAUCACCGAAGUUAAAUGCCGAAUACCAAAGCUUUGUUGACAAGAUGAAGGAAAUCCGUAUCAAUAUCCCUCUCAUCGAAGCACUCCAACAAAUGCCAAAGUGGGUGAAGUUUGUCAAAGAACUCGUAACAAAGGGACGAAAAUUUCAAGGAAACGAGAUGAUUCAACUCACCGAACAGUGUAGUGCAAUCCUUACGAGACCUCUCCCUCAAAAACUCGGCGACCCAGGUAAGUUUACUAUCCCUUGUACAAUAGGAGAUAAUUUUUUUCGAUCACUCAUUGAUUUAGGUGCUAGCAUCAACCUUAUGCCUUUUUCUACAUAUAAGAGUCUUGGGUUGGGUGAAAUUGAACCAACGGCUAUAACACUCCAAUUAGCCGAUAGGUCUCUAGUCUACCCAAAGGGGGUUUUAGAAGAUGUCUUAGUGAAGGUUGACGAAUUUAUUCUUCCUGCUGAUUUUGUGAUUCUUGAUAUGGAUGAAGAUAGAGAAAUCCCAAUUAUUUUGGGAAGGCCGUUUUUAGCUACUUCACGUACUGUUAUUGAUUGUGCUAGUGGGGAUCUCACCAUGACGGUGCAUGACCAAACUAUUAAAUUUAACGUUUUUAAUGCAAUUAAGCGUCCGCACAAUUCCAAUGAGUGUUUUUCUAUCGAUUUAGUGGAGUCUUGUUCUUUUGAAAAUUUUGAUUCGUUACACUUGGAUUCUUUGGAGGCAUAUUUGGUUGUAGGUAACGACUGUGGAGAUGAAAGAGUGGAGGAGCAAAUUUGUUGGUUAGAUUCCGGCGACUUUCUCACUCGGCAAAAGUUUGAAAGUUUGGAUUUGGCCACCCUUACCACCCCCAAGGCAUUCAAAACAUCAUUGGAGGAACCACCACAGCUUGAGAUGAAAGAGUUACCCGGACACCUCAAAUAUGCCUACCUCGGUAAGAAUGACACUUUGCCGGUAAUUAUCUCACAGUCUCUAUCUACUUUGCAGGAACAAAGGCUAUUGGAAGUACUGCGGGAACACAAGAUGGCGCUUGGAUGGAAAAUUGCGGAUAUCAAGGGAAUUAGCCCUUCAUUGUGUAUGCACAAAAUCAUCUUGGAUGAUCAACAACAUCCGUCAGUAGAGCAACAAAGGCGUCUCAACCCCAUCAUGAAAGAGGUAGUCAAGAAGGAAAUUCUCAAGUGGCUUGACGCAGGUAUUAUUUAUCCGAUUUCUUAUAGCGCAUGGGUAAGUCCCGUUCAAUGUGUUCCUAAGAAAGGAGGUAUGACAGUUAUCCGUAAUGCAAAUAAUGAAUUAAUUCCAUCUAGAACAACAACGGGUUGGCGAAUUUGUAUGGAUUAUAGGAAAUUAAAUAAAGCCACUAAAAAUGAUCACUUUCCUUUACCUUUUAUUGAUCAAAUGCUUGAUAGAUUGGCAGGUAAAGAAUUUUAUUGUUUUUUAGAUGGAUAUUCGGGAUAUAAUCAAAUAGCCAUUGCACCGGAUGAUCAACACAAAACCACAUUUACAUGCCCUUAUGGUACUUUUGCAUUUAGACGCAUGCCUUUUGGUUUAUGUAAUGCACCUGCUACUUUUCAGCGGUGCAUGAUGGCUAUUUUCACCGAUAUGGUAGAGAACGGUUUAGAAGUAUUUAUGGAUGACUUCUCUAUUUUCGGUGAUACUUUUGACACUUGUCUUUGCAUGUUGGCUAAGGUUUUGCGCAUGUGUGAAGAAACCAACUUGGUGCUAAAUUGGGAGAAGUGCCACUUCAUGGUGCACGAAGGAAUUGUGCUUGGGCAUAAAAUCUCGCGAGAAGGCUUGGAAGUGGACAAAGCAAAGAUUUCCACAAUUGAAAAUCUUCCGCCACCUAUUUCGGUCAAAGGCAUUAGGAGUUUUCUUGGACAUGCGGGCUUUUAUCGGCGUUUUAUCAAAGAUUUUUCAAAAGUUGCCAAGCCCCUUUGCAACCUACUCGAGAAGGAGACAAAAUUCAAUUUUGAUGGUGAGUGUCUUCAAGCUUUCAACGAGCUUAAGCAAAGGUUAGUAUCCGCUCCUAUUAUUUGCGUACCGAAUUGGGAUGAACCGUUUGAGCUUAUGUGCGAUGCUAAUGAUUUUGCGGUGUUUUAG